UUGACGUGAAGUUAUUUACACACACCUAGAGUUAAAGGUUUAGCAGGCCGAAUUUUGGACGUUUAAUCGGUGUAUCGUAAAAAUCACAGAUCGUGGGGGAGCGUGUGGCCGUGUAACGACGAAGGAUCGAUCGAGUCGACGAAGGAAAAAAAUUCGUCACAGGACGGCCGGUUAGUGUACUAAAGUUCACCCGUCGAACGAAAAUCUGUACAGAUACGCAGUGCCAUUCCAAAGAAUUAUUGCUCACAGUUGUGCUAAAUCAUACAUGCUAUGCUUACCACAGAAUACCAAGUCUUGAGAUUCUCAGAGGUCUGUGUUAUUAAUUUUUAAUGGUGUACAGCUGUUACUCCCAACACUCGGAUCAUUCUAGGCUAAAGAAGCUCAAAUGAGAUUCCAACAAAUAACACUUGCCUGUAAUUAUUUAUAUAAAAAUUUGAGUAUAACACACCAAUUCAGAGCAUGAUAUUCAAAUGCUAUGAAGGAAAGGAGAAAAUAGAAUGAGAAAGCAGAUUGUUAAAAAUGUUACCAAAGGGAGAUAAUGCUGGUUUUCAUACAAAUUUUUAGAUCUGACAUAAUGACCAAAGGAACAAAGAGAGAUUUUUAAUAGUUGCACAGGUAAAUGGGCAAGCAGAACUAUUAAUAGUGGUACUUAAAGAUGUCCUGAGGAAAACUUGGAGGAAAGAAGAUUUUUAUUUUCACACUUAUUAAUCGUAUAAGUGAUCUAAUUGUAUUAAGCUUUAAAAAAAUGGCAAGGAAAAGUGAUAACACCAAGACUAUCAACGUCGCCGUUGUUGGUCUUUCCGGUACUGAGAAAGAUAAGGGACAAGUCGGCGUUGGAAAAUCGUGUCUCUGUAAUCGUUUCAUGCGUUCAUUGAACGAUGAUUAUAACGUGGACCAUAUAUCAGUGUUGUCACAGUCGGAUUUUAGUGGUCGUGUCGUAAAUAAUGAUCAUUUCUUAUAUUGGGGUGAAGUAACAAAAGCAUCAGAAGAUGGAACUGAUUAUCAGUUUCAAGUGAUAGAACAUACUGAAUUUAUAGAUGAUGCAUCUUUUCAGCCUUUUAAAGGUGGCAAAAUGGAACCUUACGCGAAAAGAUGCGCGGCUACCAAAAUUACCAGUGCAGAAAAGCUCAUGUACAUUUGCAAAAAUCAAUUAGGUAUAGAAAAAGAAUACGAACAGAAAGUCUUACCUGAUGGUAAAUUAAAUAUCGAUGGUUUUUUGUGUGUAUUCGAUGUAAGCGUCGUUCCGAAUAGAGCCAUAGAAAAACAAGUUGAAAUAGUGGCAAACAUAUUAAACAAUUUGAUGAAAACCAAAAAGCCUAUAGUUUUGGUGACAACUAAAAAUGACGAUGCAAAUGAACAGUAUGUAAAAGAGGCAGAAAAAUUGGUGAUGCGUAAGGAGUACAAGAGUUCCAUUUUGGUAAUUGAAACUUCUGCACAUGAAAACAUUAACAUCGAUCUGACGUUUAUAGUUUUGGCUCAAUUAAUCGAUAAAACCAAAGCGCGCAGUAAAGUAACAGCUUUUGCUGAGGCAGCCAGGGCUAGAAAAGAACUUCUUGAUGCUUCUACAGAAUCAUUACAAAGAUUGAUUCGAAUACAUAUUACUGACUAUAGAGCAUUAUGGUCUCAAGCAUCCAAGAAGUUAGCACAGCACAAAGAAUUUGCAACGUUUGUGGAAUUAUUUGGUACUGACGCGACCCAAAGAUUGUUCAGGAGACACAUUAAGAAAUUAAAGGAUGAGCAAAUAGCAAAGAAAAUUCAAGGAUAUUUGGAUAUGUUGCCUGAUAUUCUGCAUGAAAUAUGCCCUGAUGUAACAAACUUAAUCAACGAAGAAUGGUCUGCAGUGCAACAAUAUAUUAAAGAACAUCCUGAUUUUCAUCAAUAUUUCUAUGAAUGUCCCGAAGAUAUUCCAUGGAUUGAUUGUGAUUUUGGUGAAAAUAAUGGAACAAAGAUCCCUUAUGAUGUUCUUGAAACCCCAGAAGCUGAAACUGUCUUUAAAAAUCAUAUAAAUGUUUUGCAACAAGAACAACGACGAUUAGAACUUCCUAAAAGAUGGAAAAAGCAGUUUAAACAGCUGUUGGAAGAAACCGGGUAUGUUACACCAGGGAAACACUUAUCGGAGGUUAGAGUACUUUUUAUGGGUAGGGAAUGCUUUGAAGCUCUUUCUCACCAUGAUUGUCAAGAAAUAUACGACCAACAUCAAAAGGAAAUUAUCGAAAAAGCAAAGCAUAAUUUCCAAGAAUUAUUACUAGAACAUGCUGAUUUGUUCUAUCACUUCAAGAGUAUAGCUCCAUCUGGAACAAUAACACAAGAUGAUAUUAAAGAAAUAACAGAUGCGUUAGUCGACGAUUUUAGGUAUAAAGCUUUAGAUAGGUUGGAUCAAGAUAGAAAAUUAAUGCUUUUCCAACAUUUGGGUUUUGUACAUUGUCCUAUAAGAGAGCACUGUCCAGCCUAUCCAAAUUGUAUGGAUGCUCUUAUAGAACGAAUACUUGGAACAAGAGCCCAUAGGCCUUCUUCUUGGAACCACAGUAGUCAGUGGCAAUUAACAUCCGAUAACAAUCAAUUAAAUUUAGUUAUACUUGGAAGUAAUGGCCUUGGCGAGGAAUUUGCUCGUGAGAUUAGAGCCCAGACGGAAGAUGAUGAAGUGGAGAUUGACUGUCAGUUAUAUACGCUUGGAUAUCGGAUAAUUGACGGUGAUGUUGGGCUACCACAUAAUUCAUUUACUACGUCUGAUUUCAUGCCUCAUGGAUCAUUUUGCAUUUAUUCGAACGAAGAUUCGUUCGAAUAUAUUCGUUCCUCUCUAGAGAAGACAUUAUUGUCAAAUUUAGAGCAGGAAGAUCGAUUGCCAUUUCAAGGAUUACCAAUUGUCAUUAUGUUCGUGCCAGAAUCCACUAUAGAUGAAAUGGAAGCAAUAAGACUUAGGCAGGAGGGUCAGAAUCUUGCUGAUAGUUUACAAUGUCCGUUCAUCGAUGUCUGCAUUGAAGACUUGGAGCAGGAUAAAAGAUUCCCUACUGCGCUUGUGAAAGAUGCACUGCAACAACUUAUACAAUCCAUAAAUCACAGAGCUGGGUUUUUGAAUAUUUACCAAAGCGUCAUUGAAUGUUUAGAACCUGAUAUUAGAAUAAUAAUGUGUAUGUUUUGUGGAGAUCCUUAUUCCGUGGAGAACGUACUUGGUCCUUUGCUUAAUCAUCAGUGUUGUUUUCUGAGUGGGGAUCGAUCAAUCGUUCUGGAAACUUUCUUAGGAGAGUCAAAACGAAGGGUCGAAGUUAUAAUUUCCAGUUUCCAUGGGGCGAAUGCAUUUAGAGACGAGUUGGUGCAUGGUUUCAUAUUGGUUUAUUCGACCAAGAGGAAAGCAUCGCUCGCGACUCUUAAUGCAUUCUCUAUGAAUAUACCAAACUUACCAAUACAAAUAAUGGCUGUAACAGAUACUGGAGGUGCUAAUGCUUUCUUCAGUAAUGAUUUAAGUCAUUUACUCAUCACGGAGGGGAAUGCAACUGCAGAUAGACUACAAGCACAUUUUAUGACCUCAGCGUCCAGUUGCCAACAAAAAACGGCCUUUUAUACACCGUUUUUCAAAGAAGUAUGGGAAAAGAAACCAGAAAUCGAACAAGCGUUUAACAUGGAGGAGCCAGGUAACUUGAACGACAGCGGCGAAGGAACACUGGAGUAUUCCGCAUUGCACCCUAUGCCUCCACCACGACACGAAAGUUACCAUCUUCAGACACCAGAUGAUGGUAUGUCUGUAACUUUCAGAAGCGGUUCCGAGUCGUACGAGCAGUUAACUCCUGACGGUGAGCAAUUCGCAGACAAUAGAGCCACAUCUAGUGACGACAGCGAUAUUUACAUCCAAGUAGAUUUGUGUCGAGAAGAGAGAGAAAGAGAACUGUUAAAGGCCGGCGACAUGGCAAACAAGCUACCCGCAGGUUGGGUGAAGCAUUCAUUUGUUCAUCAGGAUGGAGUGACAAAUAGCUACCCUCACAGAGCAUUUACUACGGGCAGACGGCAUAUUUCACAACCGAAGCCGCGGCCAAAGGGAAACAGUCAGACGUUAAAACAGCCCGGUAAAAUUAAUCUGAAAGACUUCUCGAACGUAACAGACGCAAUAGCUAGAAUGACAAUAGGAGAGAAAGACGAGCACGGCCCUAAAAUGACAAUGGGUCACGCUCCUCUUGCUACGCCUGAAUUGGUAGACCUUGGUUCUGAAUAUGCCCAAGUUAAAGACGUUGUACCAAGCCUGUAUCCUUCUUACGACGGUGAUUACAUGUACGCUUCGGUGCAAGAUUCCAUUGGGAACAAUAAGCCUAAGCUCCGCAAUAGACGCGAGAAAGGACAACUUUCAUACAACGAUUCUGAUUCGGAAUGGAGCUCUUUGGAAAGACAGAAGGUAGCUGAUGUCUUAGGUACAGCGAAUAAGAAACCAGCGACGCACAAAAGAAUACGUAAGAAACGCACCGCCAUACCUGUCGCAGCACCCAAAGUUCCAUUUUUGGCUAGUAUGGGAAGCGGAGAUGGUAUUGUUGGCCUCAAUUAUAAUGUUAAGGAAGAAAAAAAUUGGCGAGUAGAUCCUGUAGAAAGGGUAUCUAGUGACACACCAGACUCGUCAGAGUCCAGUGAUCCGGAACAUACUUCAAGAUCGAGAUCCAAACAAUAUAAACAUAUGCCUGCUAGUUUACGAAAACGAUCUGGGAAUUCGUUGCCGCAACAACACCUCGCUGCAACGCUACAGCACCAGUUCAACAUGAAACAUGUAGCUCAAGACAUGUUUAGUGCUUCCUCCAAGCAAAGGAGUGACAAUACCUUUCGAAACAUUCCAGAUGACGAAUCCAGCUUAGACGUGUCAUCUCCACGAGAGAUUAAUUCUCCAAGCUUUGGUAUCUUGAACAAGGUCAAAGAUGGAGACAAAUUGAAUAGAAAAAAGGACAAGCAGAAAGCAAAAGAAGAUGAGAAGUUGGAAAAACGUCGGCAAAAGGAGGAGAAGCUCAAGAAGCACGCAGAAAAAGAAAAGGAAAGGGAGAAGAAGAAACAGGAGAAAAUAAAACAGUCUAAAGGACCUGGUGGCACAUUAAGUCAGGCGCAACAGCAACCAUUAAUCGAGGACUUUGCCCAAAGUGAAACGAAUCGAAUACCUUUGUUCCUUGAAAAAUGUGUACAAUUUAUUGAAGAUGAAGGGCUAGAUUCUGAAGGAAUCUACAGAGUUCCUGGAAACAGAGCUCACGUUGAACUUCUCUUUCAGAAGUUCGAGGAAGAUGAAAAUGUGGAUAUACAUUCAUUGGAUAUACCAGUAAACGCGGUCGCAACAGCUUUAAAGGACUUCUUUUCAAAACGGCUGCCACCUUUAAUUGAUAAAGAACGUAUGAGCGAACUCGAGGAUAUAUCGGGAGCUCGCGGAAUAAGUAAACCUAUGUCCGCCACAUGUAUGAAUAUGGAAGAUCGAAGUUGCAGGUUAUUGGCAUUACGCUUAAUGCUCAACAAGCUGAACCCAGUAAACUUUGAUGUACUAAAAUUCAUCUUCCAUCAUUUUGUAAAAGUGGCCGAAAAUUGCAAGUUGAACAGUAUGGACAGUAAAAAUUUGGCAAUUUGCUGGUGGCCUACGUUAUUACCUAUAGAAUUUAACGAUCUCGGCAGAUUCGAGGCGAUGAGGCCAUAUUUGGAGGACGUCGUUCAAACGAUGAUCGAUCAAUAUCCUUUCCUGUUUUGUGGUGAAGAAGCCAUUGUAAUGGUGUAGUGAAAGACCUACAUGUAGCUUCGAGUCUUACAGGAGAGUUUCGUAUGAGCAACGGGAAGCAUUCUUCAGUUGCGUUGCUUCAGAUUAACUCGACUAACAGUUUCAGUCCUUGCGAUCGCGAAAUAACGAUCGGUCACGCUAUAGUUUAUACUCAUUCUAUCGUAGUACGUUUUGGCUACGACUAUAUAGGUUAAUUCGCAUGACACAAACAGGAAAAAAUGAUGACCGAACAAAUUAAUUUAAGCUGACAUGCUCGUGUCCAUCUGGAAGUGUGACUGGAGGGAUGAUAGAUCGAAGGUCCUAAAUUACGGCUGUUUACAGGCCCGAUAAUAACGCGAAUAAUAUGAAGUCAAUCCAUGUGUCAUAAACAGUAUGCAUGUAUCAUGUUGGAUGUAUUCAGAGCGAUGUAUUUAUUAACAUAUAUUUAGACGUAAGAUUCGAUAUUUGAUAAUAGCGAAUAAUCGUAGUGGGCUCGAUGUUGCUUUUUUAUCUGAUCUUCUUUCGUUCGUUUUUUGUUCUUACA